CCGAAGCGGUGACCCGCUUGGCGGGCUGGGCGUCACGCAAAAGCGCCGGAGAGCGGCUCCGGGGACUGGGGCUGCGCAGUGCUCCGCGAGCCUCGUUUGGGCCGCGUCCGAUGAGGCCUGCGCGCCGCCGGGACUGGGUCACGAGCUGCGGAGACAGCGAAGGGCCACCUCGGCCAGUCCGCGACGGACAGGCAGCUUGAGGCGCAGCUCCGCUCACCGGCUCUGAGGUCCGGCGGGCUGUGCGGAGGAGGCUAAGGGGCGGGCCUACUGGGCGUGGGAAGAGCGAAAGGCUUCUGAAGAGAAAGCUGGGCGUCGGACCCCGGGCCGCCACUGCCACCUCGACCCCCGCCGUGUCUGCCCAUUCCUCGCCAUGUCGGAGGAGCUCUCGGCGGCCACGGCCUACACGGAAGAUGAUUUCUAUUGCCCCGUCUGUCAGGAGGUGUUCAAGACACCGGUGCGGACCGCGGCCUGUCAGCACGUUUUCUGUAGAAAAUGUUUCCUGACUGCAAUGAGAGAAAGUGGAAUACAUUGUCCCCUAUGUCGUGGAAAUGUGAGUAGAAGAGAAAGAGCAUAUCCGGAACGGGCCUUAGAUCUUGAAAAUAUCAUGAGGAAGCUUUCUGGUAGCUGCAGAUGCUGUGCAAAAAAGAUUAAAUUCUAUCGCAUGAGACAUCAUUACAAAUCUUGUAAGAAGUAUCAGGAUGAAUAUGGUGUUUCUUCUUCUGUCAUUCCAAACUUUAAGAUUUCUCAAGAUUCAAUAGGAAACAGUAAUAGGAGCGAAACAUCUACAUCUGAUAGCACAGAAGCUUAUCAAGAGAAUACAAGUUCUUCUGGACAUCCCACCUUUAAGUGUCCCUUAUGUCAAGAGUCAAAUUUCACCAGACAGCGUUUAUUGGAUCACUGUAACAGUAACCACCUAUUUCAGAUGGUUCCUGUGACAUGUCCUAUUUGUGUGUCUCUUCCUUGGGGAGAUCCUAGCCAGAUAACUAGAAAUUUUGUUAGUCAUCUAAAUCAAAGACACCAGUUUGAUUAUGGAGAAUUUGUGAACCUUCAGCUAGAUGAGGAAACCCAAUAUCAAACUGCUGUCGAAGAAUCGUUUCAACUAAACAUCUGAAGUGUGUGAACAUCUCUGCAUCUAUGUGCCUGCAAGUGCCAUCUUUAAGGGGAAGACAACAUGAAGUCACCAUUUCAGUAAUUUGAUGUGCAUAUUAAUAAAAGUAAUAAUUCAGUCUGUUGCAUUAGGUUUUUAAUUGAAAAAUAAUGGUGACCACCAUAACUUCCAUCCUCUUGAUAAGUUAGAAAAGUUAGGAUAUUACUUUAAGAGCAUAAAAAGGAUAUUUCACUUAUGUGGUGAGAAGGAAAUCUCUGCUGUCCUUCAUCUUUUUAUGCUUUACAUUCUGAUUGUUUCAUUAUGUUGCUUUUGACUUAGAUGCAGCCCCUUCUAUUUACUUUAUUGCAAACAGGUAACACAGUAGUAAAUUCUGAAAGAUGUGGUUCUUAGGACUAUAAUAAAUCUGAGCCAUUUGUCCGAGUUGCAGAAUGGAGACUUGAAGGGCUAAGUGGGUAAUCCAAAGGAAUUUUUAAAACUCAGAUUAUAGCUGAAGAAUUCAACUAUAAGGAAAUUGUAUUUAUAUAAUGUUUAGUAUUUUUGAAAACUAGUGAAAUUUCUUUAAUAAUUUUAACCUUGAAAGCGCAUUGUAAAGAUUCUUCUUCUUUCGCUAGUAGAAGGAUAUAUCAAGAGAGAAAAAUUUUCUUUGGUAGUCAGUUGGUUAUUUCAAUCUUAAGUAAUCUGUAAGCCUAAAAUAAGUUGUACAACAGUUCUUUGGCUUCAGAAAUUUUUGUAGCCAAUUUUUAUUAUUAUCCGAUGAAACGUUCUUUCAGUUGGUGAUAUUUGUAUUACACUUAAAUGAGUUUAAAAAAUCCAAAGCUGAAGAUACAUGUAUGCAUAUAUAUACAUGCAUUUUUGUAUGUAUACAAACACAUAUGUAUCUUUGCCUACAGUUGUCAGGUUAUACAUAGAAUUUCUAUUCAGAGUUUUAAUAAUGGAUAAGCAAUAUAGAAUUGAAGUGUUUAUCUGAUUUAAAAUUUUGCAUAUCACCAAAUUUUUUAAACAGCCAAAUGCUAUGUGGUAUAGUUGGCUGUAAUUACACCCUAAAAAUUGUGUUUACACACACAAUUACCUGUUAUGUGGUGCUCAUUUGUUGUUUUCAAAAAUAAUGCGUGAUUGAUGUAACUUCACCAGCCACUGUGUGUCAAAGCUGUGUUUGUUCUUCGUGUUCAGCAGUGGGAACAUGAAGUGCUGUAUAGGAAGCUGAGUCAGAGAAGAAAGGGCAAAGAGUGAAUUCGCUGACAUUCCAUACUAACAUAUGAUGUUAUGCUUUCUUAAACUCAAAAGAAAAUCUCAGAAGUAGUUUGCUGCUAAUAUAUACAUCUAUUGUAUUGAAAAGGUAUAUUUUGAUUUUCUUAAUACCCUUGUUGACUUUUCUACAGUGAAUAUUUUUUAACUUGGUUUAAUAAAAAUGUUAAUUUUGAAAGUAGAGUUUUGUAAAAGCCUGUUUCAGUUGAACAGUAAUGACUUUAUUUAUAAAAUAAUUUAGUAAUACAGCCAAACACAAGAAGCCAUCCAUCUUAAUUUAAUGACCUUGUUCUGUUAUUUGCUGUGCUCUUAAGCACUUUCUCUGCAGUUAGCAUACAUGAGUGUAAAUUUAGGAAUCUGUAUAAUGAGCUCUUAAAAAAAGAGACUUUUGCCCAUAGUUUUUCCAGUUUAAAGCAAUAACUUUAGUACCUUCUUUCAAAGUUUAAUUUGUCCAGUGUUAAAGUGUUUUGGGAUUUGCAGACAUCUUUAAAGGAUUGUAGUAGAGGUCAUCUUGAAAUUGUGUUUGGAAGCUUUGUGGAUGAGAUAAAUAUUAAUAGUCUUGUGUGUCAUACAUAGAAGCUUUUUCAUAUUUUUAAUUUUUAUUUUCUUGCCUUUCUCUGGGAAUUCCAAGAUCGAAAUGACUUUUAAAUUCCUCCUUUUGUCAGUAGAUUAGGAAUAGGGAUAGACUUUACAAUUUAAAAAAAGUCUUACCAGGGUAUGGUGGCACACUCUUAGUCCCAGUAUUCCAAAGGCAGAAGCAUUUGGAUCUCUGAGUUCAAGGCCAGCCUGGUCUCCAUAUGGAGUUUCUAGGCCAACCAGGGCUAUAUAUUGAGACUUUGUCUAAACAAAAAAGCCCCUAUUUUAAUGUUGUUUGUAUCUGUGUGAUAAAGGAGGGAAGUUAUAAUAAUAUCCUGAUUCUAAAUUUCACAGUACCAGUUAGGAAAGCUGUUUCUUCUGAUAAUUUGUGUUGUUAAAUACAGGGUCUUAUUUGAGAUGUAUUGCUUUAUUUUUCAAUUAAAAGUGGUUUUUUCCUA